GGAUGCAUCAUGAGUCAAUCAUUUGAAAAAGUAACGACCAUUCUGGUCGUCUCGGUCAUCUUGCUGCACCUCUCGUAUGCGCCGUUCACCAAAGUCGAGGAGUCGUUCAACAUCCAGGCAACACACGACAUUCUCGCGUCCGGGAUAUCAUGGAAUCAGACCGGUGAAUUUUUAAGGGCAAACUACGACCACGUCGAGUUCCCCGGCUCCGUGCCAAGAACGUUCGUGGGCGCCGUAGUGCUGUCCCUACUCACAGGCAUUCCGCAGCUUCUUGGGGCGGCGACCGCAGGCCUCGAUGCCCAGGUUUUGGUACGGGGCGUGCUGGGGAUUGUAAACGCCUUCUCGUUGAUCUCCUUUCGCAACGCCGUCAGCCAGACAUUUGGCAGCACAGCUGCGACGUGGUACAUGAUCCUACAAACGAGUCAAUUUCACCUGAUGUACUAUGCCUCACGAACGCUUCCAAAUAUCUUCGCAUUUGUUCUGACUACGCUGGCACUCCGUAACUUUGUGUACGGGCUGAGCGCUCGAUCCGAUCAAGCCAAAGCCUGGUACAGAGAAUGCCUUUUCUUGCUUACUUUUGCGGGGGUGGUCUUCCGAUCUGAGAUUGCCAUUCUGGUGUUUAGUAUAUCGGCUUUUCUGGCUGGCGUGAACAGCUCCACGAUUCCCUCCGUUGUCGUUCCUGCUGGACUCGUCGGCGCGGUAGCCGGCCUGAUGGCAACACUCGUGGUGGAUUCGUAUUUCUGGAACAAGUUUCCCAUGUGGCCGGAACUGCAGGGGUUCUACUACAACACGAUUCUAGGGAAGUCUUCGGACUGGGGCGUGAGCCCCCCGAACUACUAUUACACCAACGCAAUCCCGAAACUCAUGAUGAACCCUAUGACGUAUACCCUACUGAUACCAAUUGCUGUCUUUUCCCCAGCAACACGAUCCAAGAGCCUGGCUCUCCUCUUACCCUCCAUCACGUUCGUCUUCGUCUACUCCUUCCUUCCACAUAAGGAGUGGCGUUUCAUCAUUUACAUUAUUCCUGCGUUAACGGCGGUUGCCUCUGUUGGUGCAUCUUGGAUCUGGACUCGUCGCUCAAAAGGUAUUAUCUACCGAUUGCUGUCUGUUGUCUUGGUACUUUCGACCGCGGCUAGCUUUGCUGCAUCAGCGAGUCUCCUGGCAAUUUCCCGUCUCAAUUACCCAGGAGGCGAAGCAGUCAUGCGUCUCCACGCCUUGACGGCCGACAGCACCACAACGGUCCGCGUUCAUGCCGAUAACCUCGCGUGCCAAACGGGUUUGACGCGUUUCCUUGAAGAUCGUUCUAAUUUGACCGAGUCCGGCUCUCCCAGGUGGAUCUUUGACAAGACAGAAGAUGAGCAGAAACUUCUCGACCCUGCUUUCUGGGACCAGUUCGACUACGUGAUAGUGGAGAAGCCGGAGCGCGUCAUCGGCAAGUUCACCAUAGUAGACUUGGUGCGUGGCUACGGAGGAAUCCAAGUCAAGAGACCCGGCGAGAUGCUCGACAACCGAUCAUUUGAGGAUAGGUUCGUGGGUGGGAAGAUUUUGAAGCCAGAGCCUUGGGAACAGAAGUGGAUAGACCUAGGGGGAUGGGCGAGAGAAAAGUUUACAAAGGGAUGGUGGCCAAUGGUCAAGAUGGAGACGAAGCUGAGGAUCAUGAAGAAGCAAAACAGUCCAGUGAACACGGUGGUUGGUUAAGGCUUGACGUUGAUUUCACCAGCCUUCAGACGUCUAGACUCCCCUUCUCUUUGUGCAAACCGAAGACGUCAAAAUGAAAUCGAACUUUUUUUUUCCAA